UCACUGCAGUUUCAGGGAGCACCCAGGUGCCGACGUCGUCUCCUGUGUGGUGGGGCGGCGCAGCGGACCUGUGGCCUUCAGACUGCAUGCAUAUACACAGCGUACAGGGCAACAUACCACACACACAUACGCAUCCAUCGAUGUCUGCGUGGCGGUAUCUCUGCUCACAGGCGGAAUGCUUGUCGCUGCCGGGCUCGCAUCAUAGAGUACAUGAACACGCGCACGCCAACUGAUCGCGCGAAAGAAAUGGACAGCACACGGCAUCGUGCUUAGUUCGCACUCGCCUGGCACCACUCGUGCGCAUGCAUGUUGCUUCUCACCCGGUCCAUACACACAUCGGCGGAGGGAGGCCUCGAACUCUACAUGAAUGUGGGUGAUGUACUUGGCUUGCGCCAGCUGCAGAGGGGUCAGUGGCUUGUUCUUCUUCGAUUUCCUCUUCAGGUCCGCCACAACAUUCCUCUCAACUUCUGCAAGAGGCACAACACAUUCUCAACAUGGUUCAGUUGAUGCGGCGCGCGUCAUGUCAGAAUGUUAGCUGGUAGUGCUGUGUAUACUUUUCGUCAAGCGCCUCGUGCGUUCCAUCUCGCUCAGCAUUCCUGGGCGGUCCAUCUCGCUCGUCUGGGAGGUUUCUUUUGUGUCCAUCAUAUCCGACGAAGAUGUAUGCAGUGGUGCCGUGCAGCACCAUGCUGUGGUCAGUGCGGGGGCGGCGCUCAUCGGCAGCGGGCGAUCUCGGCAGCGGGCGAUGUCGAACACGUGCACGUCGUUGAAGGCUAGCACGUGCUGUGGAUUAAG